AUGGGCUGUUUAGAUGAUGGGAGUUUCAUUGUUGAGCUUGAAAAUGGAUUGAAUAACGGUUGUUCUGAAGUGGGAAAAGAUGCUUCUGCCAUUGAAGAUGCUGUCAAGGUUUUGCUGCUGGGUCUAGGAGAAGAUAUUAACAGGGAAGGUAUUAGAAAGACUCCACUUCGUGUUGCUAAGGCCCUUCGCGAAGGAACAAGAGGUUACAGGCAAAAGGUAAAGGACAUUGUUGAAGGUGCUUUAUUCCCAGAAGCCGGUCUCGAUAACAGAGUUGGCCAUGCUGGUGGAGCAGGCGGACUUGUGAUCGUCCGAGAUAUUGACUUGUUUUCUUAUUGUGAGUCAUGCAUGCUUCCGUUCCAGGUUAAAUGUCAUGUAGGUUAUGUUCCAUCUGGCGAAAGAGUUGUCGGUUUAAGCAAGCUAUCUCGCGUUGCUGAUGUAUUUGCAAAACGGCUCCAAGAUCCUCAACGUCUUGCAAAUGAAGUAUGUUCUGCUUUGCAUUAUGGAAUAAAGCCAGCUGGUGUUGCCGUCAUACUUCAAUGUACACAUAUCCACUUUCCAGACAUAGAAUCAAUCUUUCUCGAAUCAAACCACCAAGGAUUGGUUAAGAUACUCGUUUCCUCCGGUUCCGGGGUUUUUGAAAACAAAAAUGCAGAUGAAUGGGCUGAUUUCUUUAAUCUCCUUAAAUUUAGAGGUAUCAGUAUGGAAAAAAUCCAUGUUAGAGGAUCAUUGGACUCCUGCUGGUGUCCUUGUCAAUCCGCCAAAGUUUCCUCCAAAAUCGUACCGGUCAACCCUGCAAUGGUCACUGCAGUAGCUUCAAUUAUUAAAUCUUUGGGAGAAGAUCCACUGAGGAAGGAGCUUAGAGGAACCCCAACUAGAUUUGUGAAGUGGUUAAUGAACUUUCAGAACAGCAACUUCGACAUGAAGUUGAAUGGUUUUCUCAAUGGUGGGAUAGAUUCUUUAACUGCAAAUGAGAAGGUUGACAUGGAAAACAAGAAAAUAUGCUCUGAGUUGAACUUAUCAUUUUGGUCACAAUGCGAGCACCAUUUACUUCCAUUUCACGGUGUUGUUCACAUAGGUUACCUCCUAUCUGAUGGAUUCAGUCCAAUCGGAAAUUCUCUUUUACAAUCCAUAGUACAUUUUUACGGUUUCAAGCUUCAAGUUCAGGAGAGGCUUACCAGACAGAUUGCUGAAAUGAUUUCACCGCUGAUUGGUGGUGAUGUGAUAGUUGUUGUAGAGGCAAGCCACACAUGUAUGAUUUCUAGGGGUAUUGAAAAGUUUGGAAGUAGUACCGCCACUAUUGCUGUUUUAGGACGAUUCUCGACAGACCUUAAGACAAGGGCUUCCUUCUUGCAGGGUAUUCCAAAUCCUACGUAUUUUUCGGAGCAAUGA